AUCAACAACAACUAUUAUUUUCCGGGCGUGUUGGCGCUUGCAGGAGUUGGACGUCACAAUUUGCGCGCCUUCUUCAGUUGAGGCGGCUGUUCUUCCCGCCCACCUUCCUCCGUGUUCCCGCCUAAAUUCGCUGCUGAUGCUGGUCGUUCUUGGAGUCUUUCACCUUUCGCUUUCGGAUCGGCCCGCUUUUGUAACCUGUGCGUUGUAUUUUUAAAACAGCCUCCGCAAUGCUUGUCAUAGGAUCCUGCGAUCUUCCGGUCAGCCACGAGCCGAGGGGUCAAAUUCAGCUCAUCAUUGGCCCCAUGUUCUCGGGCAAAACGACCGAACUCAUGCGGAGAUUGAAGCGCUACGAGGUUGCAAACCACAAGUGCUUGAUAGUCAAGUAUGCGGGAGAUACCCGGUACGAUGAGGAGAAUAUAAGCACCCACGAUAGGCAAGCCAUGGCUGCUGUGAAAGCAACCUCGCUGUCAAACCUGAAAUCCGCGUCGUCCGACUUCAGGGUCAUUGGUAUUGACGAAGGACAGUUUUUUCCCGACAUAGUGGAGUUUGCCGAAUACAUGGCAGACACUGGGAAGGUGGUAGUCAUUGCGGCCCUGGACGGGACGUAUCAGCGUCAGGGUUUUCCUAGCAUUCUCACACUUGUGCCACUGUCGGAGAGUGUCAUAAAACUUUCUGCGGUGUGCAUGGUAUGCUAUGCGGAGGCAGCCUAUACAAAACGUCGAGGUCAGGAGAAAGAGGUGGAGGUCAUCGGAGGCACUGACAAGUACAUGGCCGUCUGCCGGACUUGCUACUCUCAGGCCGACGACGUGCCUCCGAAAGAAUGCUAAUGCUUGCACGUGGCGCGUUUAUCACGACGCGCGUGGCCUCGCGUGAUGUCUUGCCCAGUGACAAGCGAAUGCUUCUCAAGCAUCGCUAAAGAUCUCCAUUUUAUACCGACGAUGAGCGUCCUUUACGCACAUCUUCUGUUAUGCAUUGUGGCGCGCGUUUGCCGACCCGAAUGUGGGUGUGCAGGACAAGAAGCAAGGCCCACCUGCUUGAGUCUUGACAACCUCAUCUCGUUGCGCAGCAUGCUGUGGCAUUCACGACUCUCUUUGCAUAAUUAUUUCUACUGCAUUUAUAUAUAUCAUUAUAUCACUGCAUUUAAAUAUCAGUAUCGCCUUGCACUGGGUAUAUUUGAGCACAACUGUACCAUGUUUGGAGAUGUUCAUUAUAUCAGCGGCAUGUCCUCA